CGCCGCGCAGCAUUGGGACUCGCGCCCGCACCGCAGCCCGGCCAGCCUGCUCUGCUCUCGCCUCCCCGUCGGCUCGCCAGCCCGGCUCACUCUCGCUGCCGCGGUCUGCGCCCCUGCACGCCACGGACAUCAUGCACCUCUCCCAGCUGCUGGCCUGCGCCCUGCUGCUCACGCUACUCUCGCUCUGGCCCUCCGAAGCCAAGCCCGGGACGCCGCCGAAGGCCCCGCGAACUCCGCCAGGGGAGGAGGUGGCCGAGCCCCAGGCUGCGGGCGGCGGUCAGAAGAAGGGCGACAAAACUCCCGGGGGCGGCGGCGCCAAUCUCAAGGGCGACCGGUCGCGACUGCUCCGGGACGUGCGCGUGGACACCAGGUCUCGGGCGGCGUGGGCCCGCAUUCUGCACGAGCACCCCAACGCGCGCAAGUACAAAGGAGGCAACAAGAAGGGUUUGUCCAAGGGCUGCUUUGGCCUCAAACUGGACCGGAUCGGCUCCAUGAGCGGCCUGGGAUGUUAGUGCAGCGACCCCUGGCGGCGGAUUGGGAACUUGCUCCGCUUUGCUGAGGUCAUCCUUGGUCAUCAGCCUCCCAGCAUCUGGACGCACCUCCAGCGCAAUGUGGCUUUUACAUUUCUCUCUUUUUUUUUUUCCUGGUACUGGGAAUACACACCAGCUGUUUUAUUAUUAUUUAGGGAGGGGGGUUAUGAUUUUAUUGUUUGGGGUUUUUUUAAUGAAAAAUAAAAAGUUAUAUAUUAUAUAUAUUAUAUACAUGAAACACACACACCUACACCGAUGUGAUGACAAGGGACAGUUUUUAAGAGACUGACAAAACCAGCUGUAAAACAUUGCUGUUUGUAAAUUCAUGUCAUGCAUAAAUGUAUUUAUGUUGUAAAGCUAUUUAUAUUGUUUAUAAAGAGAUAUUUAUAAAAAUUUUAUUUAUGUAACUAAAUGAAAGACGUCAAUCAUUGUAAUGUUUUUGUCUUAACUAGUUGAAAAAUAUAAAAAAAAA